AUGAAGCCAUCGUCGCGGUGCGUUAGGCUUCUGUCUUGGGGUCAUACCCCUCGCGCGAGGUCAUCAGUAGCACAGAAACGAUUCUUUGCCGCGGUAGCGGAUGGCAUCAACCCAUACGAUGUCGUUGUUAUCGGUGGAGGUCAUGCCGGUACCGAAGCCAGCGCGGCCGCUGCAAGAUCUGGUGCUCGCACUGCACUCGUCACGCCCUCGUUAUCAAAUCUAGGUGUAUGCUCCUGCAACCCAAGUUUCGGUGGCAUAGGAAAGGGAACAAUGCUACGAGAAAUUGAUGCGCUCGAUGGAGUCGUUGGGCGCAUUGUAGAUAAAGCCGGCAUACAAUUCCGCAUGCUCAACCGGAAGAAAGGCCCUGCAGUUUGGGGACCACGCGCGCAAAUCGAUCGAGACCUCUACCAUCGAUAUAUGCGGGAAGAGAUAUUAUCUACGCCGGGAUUGAGUGUUGUCGAGGGCAAGGUCGCCGAUAUCAUUGUGUCAAAAGAGGGUCUGAGUGAUGGUGUGGCCAAGGGUCGGAUCACAGGCAUUAGACUCGAGGGCGGCCAGAUUAUUCCCGCCUCGCAAGUGAUCAUUACGACUGGCACUUUCCUUGGUGGCGAGAUACAUAUCGGCCUCGAGACGUAUCCGUCGGGCCGAAUGGGUGAAGCUGCGACCUUUGGUCUCAGCAAGUCCCUUCGUGAAGCAGGAUUCUCGUUGGGCAGGUUAAAGACUGGCACACCACCUCGCUUGGAUAUGGAUACCAUCGACUUUAGCGCUCUCGAACGGCAGCCAGGCGACUCUCCGCCGUCUCCUUUCUCCUAUCUCAACGACACCGUCCAAAUUGGUGAUGAAGGACAGAUGUCCUGCUGGAGUACCUAUACAAAUGAAGCAAGUCACGCUAUUGUGCGCGAGAACCUGGACAAGUCGAUACACAUCCGUGAGAGCGUGCGGGGACCGCGAUACUGUCCGUCACUUGAAUCCAAGAUCAUUCGCUUCGGUCACAAGCCACGGCACAUGAUAUGGCUGGAACCAGAAGGCCUGGAACCGAACAAAGUUAUUUAUCCCAACGGUGUCAGCAUGACCAUCCCUGCCGAUGCGCAAUACGCGCUUAUGCGUACCGUCCGAGGACUCGAGAAUGUGAAGAUGCUUCAGCCAGGCUACGGAGUCGAGUACGAUUACAUCGACCCGCGCAAUCUCUUCUCGACCCUUGAGACUAAGCUCAUUCGCGGUCUUUUCCUUGCUGGUCAGAUCAACGGUACGACUGGUUAUGAGGAGGCCGCUGCACAGGGCGUCGUGGCGGGCAUCAAUGCUGGCCGAUCUGCACAGGGUCUAUCUCCAUUCACCCUGUCGAGAAGUGAAGCGUUCAUCGGCAUUCUGAUCGAUGAUCUAAUCACCAAAGGCGUCUCCGAGCCGUACAGAAUGUUCACCUCCCGGUCGGAAUAUCGUAUGAGCUGUCGCUCCGACAAUGCCGAUCUCCGGCUUACAGAGAAAGGCCGUGCGGCCGGCGUUGUGAGCGACAAGCGAUGGCAACGCUUCCAGACGGACAAAGGCCAGAUGGAAGACCUCCAGUCGCGACUCGAAAAUGUCAAGAUGAGCAGCCAAGGAUGGCUUGGAGCUGGACUCAAUGUUCGCACGGAUUCAAGCAUGCGCUCAGCAUUCGACAUGCUGAGGCUAGUAGGCAUGGACAUUGACACGUUGGCACAGCGCCUGCCAGAUCGGCUCUCAUCGGCUGCAGCAAACUUCAGCCCAGGGAUCAGGAGGAGAGUUGAGAUCGAGAGCAUAUAUGCGCCGUACAUUGUGAUACAGGCAAGGGCAGCAGCAUCAUUUGAAAGAGAUGAGAUGCUGCAGUUGCCACGAGAUCUGGACUAUGAUCUAGUCUUUGGGCUCAGCGCUGGGGAGAAAGAAGUGUUGAAGUUGGUGAGACCAGAGAGCGUCGGCAUGGCCAGGCGAACAGAAGGUAUCACGCCAGCUGGCGCUCUGCGGCUCUUGAAGCAUGCGAAACGUCUCCGGAAUCAUGACAUUGACGACAUCGCCUUAGGACCAGAGACACUCGCGCCAGUGCAGCCUUCAUCAGUGCAAGGUAAUAUAGGCGCAGUCUAG